AUGAAUCCUUCACAAUUUUCCAUGCUUAAUGAUGUGUCCAAUGGUUUUAGAAGAAGCCUAUCAUUUGAUAGUGUUAAUCAUCAAGCCUCAACAAAUCUUGCAAAUAAUACAUCAUCACCAUCACCUACAUGCUCCACUUCUUCACCAUCAUCCAACAUGAAACAGCAAACCAUUUCAUUCCACUCACAACCAAACAAUGCACCACAACAUGCUUUCAACAUGAACAAUUCGAGAUUACGCCAACAACAGCAACAACAACAACAAUUCAAUAAUAACAGUCCAACCAUGCCAUUAUCUCCACAUCCAAUACAUCACCAACAACAACAAUCGCCAGAUCAGGCAAAUAUUCAAGCCUUAAUUAAUAUUGUGAUUCAACAACCAGAGAAUAUGAGAAUGAUCAAUAAUACGAAUAAUGAUUUAAUGAUGGAGUCAUCUCCGGGCAUUCCCAAUAAUGAAUAUGAAUCUUUUAAUAAGAUGCAAAUUGAUGAUAUCACAUGUACAACAUCUCCAGCACUUUCUGAUCAGAACAAUACUAAUAGUAUCAACAAUACAUCACAUCAUAACAAUGUUAAUGGAACUUUUGUUUUAAAGGAGGAAAGCUUGGAUGAUCUCUUAGAAGAAGGAUUGAGAAAAUAUCGACAUGUCAGAAAAGCAAGAUCAUUGGAUGAAUCAUCAACAUCUUUCACUAAUUUAAUGCUGCAGACUUCAAAACAAAUUCCAACUAGUAGUAGAAAUCAAUUAAUGGAAGAACCUGCAAGUCAUAGAAUGUUUGAUCCUCAACUUAAUCUACCAUUCAAUACAUGCAAUAAUUAUAAUAACAGCAGCAGUAUGAAUAAUUUAUCAAUGAAUAUGACAAACCCUCCUCAACAUGUCAAAAACAUGUUAACUCCACCAGAGAUAAGUGAAUUUUCUCAAAAUCUUUACCAUCAACGUGUCUUUAUGAGUCAGAAUCCAUUGAUUUCCAAAACACAUUUACAACCAUCCCAAUCCUAUCGAAGAAAUUCAAUGUUUGAAAUGUCACAGACCAAUAAUUCUCUUUCUUCCUUUAACAAUUUUCAUCUAGGCAGUAUUCCAUCUCCUGAUAAUAAUAAUACCAACAAUAAUAUGCAAUAUCAAGGAAGUGAUUCGGAUUCCAGCAGUAAUUUCCAAUUAACGACACCAAGUAUUAGUGUAACCAAUCUUUCAAAUAAUAAUACAGGAAAAAAGAAGAGAAUUACAAUAACUAAUAGUAACGUGCCUCAAUCAUUUGAUUUUAAUCAACGAAGAAACAGUUCAUCAUCAAACUCAUCAGUGACAUUUAACACGAAUGAAUAUCAGGAUUUUUAUCAUGGCAUUCAUGAAACACAGCAAAAAGAUAAGAAGAGAAAAGCUCUGAAAUUCACAGAAUUUACUCCUAACAAUUUGAAGCGUUGA